AUGGCUAAUUUUCCACCGGUCAACUCCAGAGUGUAUGUUGGAGGUUUGGGCGAACAGGUGAAAUUGGAAGAAUUUGAAGAGCUGUUCAAAGACUUCAAGCCGUACCAAGAUUUGACGCUCUUGCGCGGUUUCGGCUUCAUACAAUUUCACACCGAACAAGCGGCGCAAGCUGCCAUAAAAGCUAUGAAUGGCAAAAUGUUCAAUGGAAGGAAGCUGAUGGUGAAGGUGGCUAACGAUAACCGUGCGAAAAAGGGACUGCUUCCCCGGGGAGCUGCAGGUCCGAAUGCGAAAACAAACAACGCUCCGCCAGCCCCUGUACGGGACCGUUCGCCUGUUGAAAUGCUACAUGCGCUGAAACGCGGAUAUCUUCCACUGCAGUACAGUGUUGCUGAUUUGAGUAGCGUAUACCCGGAAACACCGAUCGGCCAAGCUCCGCUGCGAGGAAUCGAGAGCAAUGAUUGCGAAAUUAUAGUCGUAAACAAAGAGCUGACGCCAUAUGCCGAGCUUAUCGAGACACGUUUGAAACGUGCGGGUUUGAGUGUCGAUCUACUGUUCCCCAACAAUGAUGUUCCGAUUGGCAAAGUGCUGGCCAAUAGAGCAUCUCAAGGUACAUACUACUGCAUAGUAAUUACGCCGGAAAAUCAAGAGCGUAACAGCAUCACCGUAAAUGUUUUGCACGGUAUUCCUGCGGAGCAUCGUAACAUGCCUACGGAUGAUGCUAUAAAUUUCGUUAUAAAGAAUUUUAAUGAAAAGAUUAAACAUGAACACAAGCCUCACAGUGUGUCUACUUACCACCAUGUGGCACCGGUAACUUCCCCGCCAAUCCAGUCCAGGCCAAUGCAUGUAGAACCAUCACAAACACAGGACAAGCACCCAGAGGCGGUACAAAACAUGAUCAACCUGCUGGCCGCAAACCGUCCACUAACCGUGUUGCAAUACGAAAGACUGAUCAAGUACCUCACCGAACGAAAGGAGCUACAGAUAAGGCUGGAACUCGGUGAGGAUGUGGAUAGUUCAACCGCAAGUUCACUAAUACCGCCAAUUAUAACGCCUGCCGUUCCGGUAAAAAGCAAACAGGAAACGGAACGCGAACUCCAAAAGAAAAUAUUGGACAUAAUGAACAAGCCAUCCAUUAUAGGCGUUGCGAAGUCGGAAGCUUCAACCGACAACAUAAACAAUGAAAGCAGGGUAAAUUCAAAUUUUCUACCGACAUCCCGACUCCUUCACGAUCCAAAAGUACAGCGCGCGCUCGACUCCCUGCUACAAAGUCAGCUGCUUUCUAAUGUUGGAUUCAAAAUGUAA